AUGGUUACCACAAAAAUUAUGGUCACUACAAAUAGUACAACAAUAUCAUCCACAGAAAAAGAAUUAGCAUUACAAGAAACUCAAACAGAUCUCAAACAAUGUGUUGCACUAAUACAGCUCGAGAAAGAUCACAAAAUAAAUAAUCCUCCAGUUUCGGUGGAUACAAUAGAAUCAGAUGAUAAGGACGAUGAUGAUAGUAGAAGUAAUAGUAAUUCUGCUUCUGAUUCUUCUUCUGAUUAUUAUCCCAUAGACGAGCUAGAGUUAGUUACGCUUUAUGAGGAUGACGAUGAUGAUACUACAUCUCCAAAGUCUCCAACAUUUUCGCUUUUUCCAAUGACACCAAAGAAAUCAGCAUUUAGUGUACUAAAAGACGCAUUCUCUACAAGCCGCCGACCACGUGGCGUAAGACAUCUAGAGAAAAUGUUUACUGAACUUGGUGUCCCAAUACCAACCGGACAAGAUACAAUCGUGUUUAGCGGUUACGUCGUGAAAUGGACGUCAAAUUUAUUCAAAAAGAAUUCCAAGAAUUUUUUAGUGUUGACUCACAAUUUCUUGUGCCAACUCAAGGGGUCAGAAAAAAAAUACGCCGAGAAGUCAUUUGAUGGAUCACCUGAUGUUUGUACGUUGUCUUCGUGCAUUGAUGAUUAUUUUUCGUUACAACCAUCUUUGAUUUCACCUGCUAUCUCGUCUUUAGAGUCUCCGAAUGAUAAAGUGAUCACCCUGGACAAUAUUAUUCUUAGCCUAUCGACAGUCUACUCGAUUAGUCAACAAAUCUCACCAGAACCAGUGAUUCGAAUUGAUUACUUAGUGUCAUUAAAGAAACACGCAUAUUUAUCAAUGGUAUUACAAUCACAGGAAGAGCAUGAUCAAUGGAUAAAAACUCUGAGAACAGCAGCCCGAAAUGUAAAUACCGUUGGGCCUUUGCUGACCAAGAAACAACGAGAUUGGGUCACUGACCGAUUAAAGAAUGUUAGUGAUGUCGAUGUCGAUGUCGAGGAAAAUAAUUUUGUGGCAUUUCGUGUGUUGAUGAAAGCAUUUUCGGAUAAGGGUGCAAUUUCGGAUCAUGAAAAACAACUAAAUUUACCGGUGAUGUUUGUAUUGGGUCGUAAUAACGUGUAUAUGCUACCAAUUAAGAAUAAUGAUGGAACUCCAAAUAAUGAUCACAAAAAUAGUAAAACUCAUCGAUACAAUAAUAUUAGUAAUAACACCAAUCUCAUAUCGAAUCAUAAUAUAAAUACGGAGGAUAAAUCGAAAGAAAUAGACAUUUACAAAUAUCAAUAUCCACUUCUUUGUCUGACUGCAAUCCAUGCGGAUGGAAAAGAUGAUACUUUUCAAUUGGUAUUCAAAAACAGUUCCGAAUUAAUAAUGCGAACGAUGCUCCUUUCUUCAAGUUUAUGCGAAACCAUCGUGACCUCAAUUCGAACAGCAAUUGACGCCAUCACAAUCUGGUGGCCACAACCGUGUUAUCAAUUACACGUGCCAAACGUAAUGCAAGGAACAAUGAUCCCACAAGAAGCUGGCAAAAAAGAAAUCAAAGUUUCCGGAAUUGAUCGAAUGCUCGAGGCACAAUGUUACGUGUUUCGCGUGAAUCGUAAGCGAAUUGCGUAUUCUAUCGAGUGUGCGGUCAACUCGAAACAGAUUACUCCGAACUUGGACGUUGAGCAUUUACCAUUUAGAUUUGUGCUGUUGCUUCCAGAAGAUAAUACAAAAGCGAGUACUUAUACAAACGCGGAAUUGAUGACGAUCUUUAGUUCAUUACGAUAUCAUCCUCUAUUACAUGAACUUAUAUUGCAAGAUGUUAAUUUAUUUGAUUUACAAAUACAACAAGGGCCAGAAGGACAUAAAUGUGCGAAUAUGCUUGCCGCCACGCUUUAUGAUUUGUUGUUAUCGAAUACAAAGCUACGACACUUGAACUUGACUGGAUGUGGGAUAACUGGUGAUACUCUAUCGGCUAUUGGAUAUGCACUAAUGACUGGACGAUCAUCGUUAGAUCGACUGGUGUUGGCUAAUACGUCAUUGACUAGAGACGGUGCUCAAGCCCUAGCAAGUGGAAUCACGGCGCAUGGAACUCCAAUUCGAGAACUUGAUAUAUCAAAUGGUCAUAUUGCACAAAAAAGCCUCGAAUCGAUUCUGGACGCAUUAGAUACGAAUUUCCCGGACCAAUUGGAAUUACUGAACCUUUCAAAGAACAGUUGUGAUCUGGAAUCGGACAUUCUUGUUGACUACCUAGCAAAAACAGUCGCCCUAAAGAAUUUAAAUCUUCGUAGUUGUGCAAAAUUCUUCAAGUCAAACUCACCAAUAAUAUCAACUCGUUCUUUGGGCAAUACUUUAUUGACAACGUUGGAUCUUGGUGGUGUACCACUUAAUCAUCCUGUUCACACAGCAGCAUUAUUCGAAUAUAUGAGAUCGGAUGCAUUCGCUUGUCUGAGAUUAUUCAGCAUUGAUCAAUGUAGUUUUGAUGGCGGUACAUUGGCUGCCAUUCUAUCAAUCAUCGCCACUGCUCCAAACAGAAAUAAACUUCGGGUAUGGGCUGGUGCAAAUAAUAUUUGCGAAUCCGAAACCGGACACCAGAAUUUUUGUCAAGUAAUCCGAGAUAAUCAAACUCCAUUUUGGUUAUCAAUGAUCGAUACGACAUUCGGUUUGAAUUCAGACCAAGUUAUUGAACUGAUUCAGGCAUUCAAUAAGAACACUUCUAUUAAGUCACUGGACCUUUCUUAUCCUCAAUUCGGUGCAGAGAAAAUCGACGGAAAACCGAAUCCGAUGGUUCCAAUAAUUACUAAAAAAGCGUGUGAACAUAUCGGGAUUUUAUUUAAAGAAAAUAAGUCUAUUCGUGAAAUAAUUCUACGCGGUGAAGGGAACAGACGAUGGGGACCUUCACUAGGCUUUGCACUGAAUAAUCUCGAGGACAAUCGAACCAUAGAAAAACUUAUAAUACGCGGAAACGCAAUCGGCGACGACGGUGCAAAACAUCUCUCACAAGCACUAAAAACAAACUCACAUCUUCGUAUGUUAAAUAUUGACGAAAACGAGAUUGGAGUCGACGGCUACGAUUCACUACACAUUAUUCUCUCCACCCAUCAGAAUAUAACCUUACAAGAGUUCACGUACCCUGCGCAAGAUAUUCAGACGCAUGUUCAGAACCUGGACACAAAGAUCUCGAUCAUCAACAGAGAAUCCAAUUUGUUUAGCAUUCCGACUACGGCAAAGAUUAGUGCUCGGAUGGCAUCCGAACGACAGAAGUUUAGUUUUCAUGAAUUGGUCGAGGAAAUUAUGGCGGUUGUGAAGCUGCAUAAGUCGCAGGCGGGUGCUUGGUUAAAAUAA